UGGUAGCAGAAUCGACACUGAGGAGCAAAGAGGACCUACGGCACUUAAAUGUGGACUCGGGGAGCAGAAAAAAGUUUGAAAACGCCACUGAAGAGGAGUGCACGAAGUGCAUGGGCACGAGUUGCACAUGUCGUGCACUAUGUUCUGCAGCUGCAAAAUUGGAUGGGAGUUCGCAGAUGACGUGCACGUCGUGCACAUGUUUCAUCCUGAACAUACUUGUUCGGUCGAUUACAGACAAGGUAACCACAGGAAGGCUACAGCAGAUAUCAUUGCCGAUAUGGUUGCGUACAAAUAUCUUGAUGCAUCUGAAAAACCAUAUACUCCCAAACAGUUACGGAAUGAGAUGGAAUUGCAAUUUGGAAUUUCAAUGUCAUAUAAGAAAGCUUGGAAAGCGCAAAAAAUUGCUAUGGAAAAACAGUUUGACUCAGAUUGCAGCCUCGUACCAACUUUUACCCUCCAUGGCCCACAUGCUUGACCAUUCAAACCCUGAAUCUUCAAUAAGUCUUGUUAGAGGUGCUAGUCGUGUUAACAGCUUGUGGGCAAGAUCCAAAUAGACACAUUGUUCCUUUGGCUUUCGGCAUUUGUGAUUCUGAAUCCACAACUUCUUGGAAAUGGUUUUUGAUGAAGUUGUGUGAUACUAUUACGUACCGUCACGAUUUAUAUAUUGUUUCAGAUCGCCAUAAAGGACUUAUCAAAGCUGCAUCUGAAGUUUUUCCACAUGCUAUUCAUGGCUUCUGUGUGGAACACCUUAGGCGUAAUCUUAUCCACAAAUUCAGAGGUUCUGGUGAUGGGCUUGGGUGGAAGUUUAAGGCUGCUUAUAUGGCUGCCACUAUUCCUGAAUAUGAAGAAUACCUAGCCAUGUUAGAUUCUGAUAAUGUCAAGAUUCGUCCUUGGUUAGAUAAGAUUGGGAGUCACAGAUGGGCUAGGUGUAUGGCUGGUCCACAAAGAUUUGGUGUGCUUACCUCUAAUUGUGCCGAGUCACUGAAUAAGGUUAAUGUUACUGCCAGAGAGUAUUCCAUAUCUAAGCUCAUUGACUUCAUACGUCAACACAUGCAAAAGUGGUUCACGGAAAGAAGUGAAAAAGCUUCUAAGAAAACUACCAUUUUGUCCAGCAAAUGUGAAAAACAUUUAGUGGCCGUGCAUUUAGUGAAAAACAUUUAGUGAAAAACUACCAUGCAUCCAAUUCCAGAUCCAAAGUCAUGGUCAA